GAGGGAGGCAAAUCGGGUUGCAUAUAUACGGUGUGCUAGUUAUUUUUUGCUACUCGAAUACCAAGUCAGCUGUCUAUAUAUACAUAUGUGCAUAUAUUUAUAUAGAAAUAUAUCUAUGCAGAAUGUCGUCGUCUCUGGACUAUUGUCGAUAUAGCUAUAGUGAUCUGCCGUUAGAGAUUGUGCUGCAUAUAUAUAAAUAUCUGGGCUAUACAGAUUUAUUGGCAGCUGGCACAACAUGUCAUCGCUGGCGGAGCGCCUUGUAUCAAACGGAAUUCAUUGAACGAACCCGUGUUCGUUUCUCAAAAGUUGUGCUCUCGGAUCAACAUAGUCCAGCGUUGGAUUUGAUGCGUUGCGAGCGACGCUUUCGUCAUUUUCUAUUCGAGGAUGUGACGCUGGGGCAUGUCCAGGUGCUGAUGUCAUUUAUUGGCCAGUCGGCGCAUUCGCUGAGCCUCGACAAUGUCGAUCUGAAUGAUAAGCAAUUCUAUGGCAUGCUGCGUCUGUUACCCCAUCUUCAGUCGCUGGCGGUAACCCGUUGCCUGCCUCUGUUUAUGUCGGCGACAUUUUUGGACACGAGCACUUGUGAUCUGAAUGCAAUAGCUGCGCACUUGGCCAGCAUAAAGGAGCUAACCAUAUGCAAAAAUCAAUAUCUUACGGAUGCGAUUCUGUUUCGGCUGACUGCUUUGAUGCCUAAUUUGGAGCUGUUGAAUAUGUCUGGUUGCCAGAUCUCGUUUCAUAAUGCCAUCUACAAGCGUUUCUAUCCCAACGAACCAAAUACGCCAAGUGAAUCGGUGCUGACUUUUAGAUAUGUUCUCAAUGUGAUCGUCCAGCAGCGAAAACUGUUGCGUAGCUUGGAUUUUAGUCACACCCUAAUCGGGCACUCGCUGCAGGCGCUCUCUGAUCUGAGUCGAGUGGAUGAAAAUGGACAGCCGGGCUUGCAGCUCCAGCGACUCAAUCUUGCUGGCUGUGUCCAACUGAAUGCGGCUACCAUCAAAAGUUUCCUCAACACACAACCGAAAUUGAGCGCUUUGGAUUUGUCUGGCGCGAUGUGUCUGAAUGAUGAUUGUCUGGCCACAAUUGUCCAGGCUAAUCCUCAACUGCUUGAGCUGCGCAUAAAGGCUUGUGAUGGAGUCACCAGCGUUGGCGCCGCCAAAUUGAGGCUCUUAACGCGCCUGCGAUCUUUGGAUAUCUCCAAUUGUAAUGGCAUCAAUGGCAAUGGGAUUAUGGAGGGCGUUGCAAGCGAGGAGAAUACUGUCCUCUUGGAGUUGAAUGUUUCGUAUUUGCCCAUCUGUGAGGAGUCGAUCAAAACGAUAGCCAGAAAUUUGCAUGCAUUGCGCACUUUGCACUUGAAUUAUUGUGUGAAUGGUGUCACGGAUGAAGUGGUUCAGGUCAUCAUUCGGGAGCUGCACUGGCUACGGGAGCUAUCCCUGGAGAGCUGUCGCCGGCUCACGGAUGCCGCGCUGACUGGCAUUAAUUUGUCGAAGCUGGCAUUGAAUGAGACAUCCAUCAGUCCCCCGUCCAACGUUGUAGGACUCGAGCCCGCCGCGGGCCCAGUGCGAAUCUCGUUGCGCAGCAAGGCUGAGGAGGAAAUUGUGCGUGAUGCGAAGCGUAAGCAGGCCAUGUUUGCGGUCUACGAAAUGAAUCUAAUUGACGAGGAGGAUUUUGAGGGUCACAAUAUACAGGAGCUGCGCGGAUUACGCUCCUUGAAUCUCCGGGGCUGCAAUACAAUUAGCGAUGUCUCCCUGAAAUAUGGCUUGAAGCAUGUGGAGCUGAAUCGGCUUUUGCUCUCCAAUUGCCAACAGAUCUCGCUGCUGGGCAUUGAGGCGCUGGUCAACAAUUGUCCCUCCUUGGAGAUACUUGAUCUAUCCGAUUGCUAUACGAUCAAUGAUCAGGGCAUCAAGAUAAUUACGGAAAAGCUGAAACGUCUGCGUUCGUUGGACAUCAGCGGCUGUAGUCAGUUGACGGAUCACACAAUCGAUGCCAUCAUUGUGAACUGUGCCUGCUUGGAGACCCUUUCGAUUUAUCGCUGUCGUCGCAUGUAUACGGACAUUGAAGAUCGACUGUCCGGCGUGCGCAACUUGCAUAUGGACAAUAUCAAUCCUAUUGAUAAUGCCGAAUUCUUUCGUGUGAAAAAACGACUCGAUUGCUGAUAUUUUGCGGCAAUUUUCGUUGUAUUUGUACUAUAUUAUUUUCAAUUGUACAGUUUUCGCUAGUCUGGCAGCUAAAUAGCUAAUCAUUAAUCUAAUAUGUAUGGCUAUUUGUAAAUAUAAAUAUAUAUACCUACAUAUAUUUGCUCCAUGUCCUCCCAAUAAAUUAACAUAAUUAUGUAAGUUAGCCAAAUUGAGAAAAACUGAGUAGCUGUGAUUAAUGUGAAAAAUUCAAUUUUUUGUUUUUUAUGUGAGUAAUAUUAAUAUUUAUGAAUGUUGUUCAACAAAAUAAAACUAAUCAUGACUGUUGUAUUUGCCUUCGUACAAA